AUGUCCUAUAUAUUGAAAUCAAAAGUUAAAGUUGCAUUGAUCCAGCUGGUGGGAUCAACUCCAGAUAAACUUGCGAAUUUGAAACAUGCCAAGGCAUUGAUUGAUAAUGCUAUGCAAAGAGAGCCAGAAACUAAAAUAGUUGUUCUACCUGAAUGUUUCAAUUCUCCUUAUGAUGUUACUCAGUUUGCUAAAUACUCUGAGGUAAUUGAGGAUCCAGAAGCACCUUCAGUUAAUAUUUUGAAAGAAAUUGCCAAGACCCAUGCCAUCACAUUGAUUGGUGGCUCCAUCCCAGAAAGAGAUCCAGCAAAUGACAAUAUAUACAACACAUGUUUAAUUAUAAAUGAAGAGGGGUCUAUUAUUGCUAAGCACAGGAAGCUGCAUUUAUUUGACAUUGAUAUUCCUAACAAGAUUACCUUUAAGGAAAGUAUCACAUUAACAGGAGGUGAUAAGGUUACUAUGGUCGAUACAAAGUAUGGUAAAAUUGGUGUUGGUAUCUGUUAUGAUUUGAGAUUCCCAGAAAUGGCCAUGAUUGCUGCUAGAAAGGGGGCAUUUGCUAUGAUUUAUCCGGGUGCCUUCAACACUGUGACUGGUCCCCUACAUUGGCAAUUAUUAGCAAGAGCCAGGUCAGUGGAUAACCAGAUUUAUACAUUACUAUGUUCACCAGCUAGAGUUCCAGGAAGUCCAUAUCAGGCUUGGGGUCACUCUCUCUGCUCUGAUCCAUCUGGUAAAAUUCUUUGUGAAGCUGAUAUCAAUGAGGAAACAUUAUUCAUCGAUUUGGACCCGGAAGUUAUAGAAACCACUAGAGGUGGUAUUCCAAUUACGACUCAAAGAAGGUUUGAUGUUUAUCCAGAUGUUUCAAGUAAAUGA